AUGGAGAAAAAGAGCAUGUUCACUGAACAAAGCUUCACCGAUCACAAGAGUGGUGACAUAAACAAAAACUUUGACGAUGAUGGACGCGAGAAAAGAACAGGGACUUGGAUGACGGGGAGCGCCCAUAUAAUAACAGCGGUGAUAGGGUCAGGAGUGUUGUCACUGGCGUGGGCAAUUGCACAGCUCGGAUGGGUGGCUGGACCCGCCGUACUUAUGGCUUUUUCCUUCAUAACAUACUUUACAUCAACCAUGCUUGCCGACUGUUAUCGUUCUCCAGAUCCUGUCACCGGAAAACGAAACUAUACCUACAUGGAAGUUGUCCGCUCUUACUUAGGAGGAAGAAAAGUGAUGUUAUGUGGAUUGGCUCAAUACGGGAACUUGAUUGGAAUAACUAUCGGCUACACAAUCACAGCGUCGAUUAGCAUGGUGGCAGUGAAGAGAUCGAAUUGUUUCCACAAGAAUGGACAUAAUGUAAAAUGUUCCACUUCAAACACUCCCUUCAUGAUCAUAUUCGCAUGCAUCCAAAUUCUACUUAGCCAAAUCCCAAAUUUCCACAACCUCUCUUGGCUCUCCAUUCUAGCGGCCGUAAUGUCCUUUUCUUACGCCUCCAUUGGUGUCGGUCUCUCCAUCGCCAAAGUGGCUGGUGGCGGUGUGCACGCAAGGACGGCCCUGACAGGAGUUACGGUCGGAGUUGAUGUUACUGGUUCUGAAAAAGUAUGGAGAACAUUCCAAGCGGUUGGAGACAUCGCAUUUGCUUAUGCCUACUCAACCGUACUUAUUGAGAUUCAGGACACCUUAAAAGCAAGUCCACCAUCAGAAAACAAAGCCAUGAAAAGAGCAAGCCUUGUGGGUGUAUCCACAACGACCUUCUUUUACAUGUUAUGCGGGUGUGUAGGUUAUGCUGCCUUUGGCAACAAUGCGCCUGGAAACUUCCUAACCGGUUUUGGCUUUUAUGAGCCCUUCUGGCUAAUUGACUUUGCCAAUGUCUGCAUCGCCGUGCAUCUAGUUGGGGCAUAUCAGGUCUUUUGCCAGCCAAUCUUUCAAUUUGUAGAGAGUCAGAGUGCAAAACGUUGGCCAGAUAACAAGUUCAUUACAGGAGAAUACAAAGUCAACGUCCCUUGCGGUGGUGUUUUUGGUAUCAGUUUGUUCAGAUUGGUUUGGAGGACUUCAUAUGUUGUAGUCACUGCGGUUGUAGCAAUGAUCUUCCCUUUCUUCAAUGAUUUCUUGGGUCUUAUUGGAGCAGCUUCCUUUUGGCCUUUGACUGUUUACUUUCCCAUUGAGAUGCAUAUUGCUCAGAAAAAGAUGAAGAAAUUUUCUUUCACUUGGACAUGGCUGAAAAUCUUGAGCUGGGCUUGUUUCCUAGUCUCACUCGUUGCUGCUGCUGGAUCUGUGCAAGGACUUAUACAAAGUCUUAAGGAUUUCAAGCCUUUCCAGGCUCCCGAGUAG